AUGAAACAUCCUGAUGCAAAACAGCGACAUUCGUUCUUUCAGCCACUGCAGAUGCGACCAACCAAUCAGAUGAAUGAUGGUCGCGAAACCAGUGGCAAUCGUAACAACAAUGAUGGCGACGAUAGGAUCGCGAAACUCAAACAGAAACCUGUUCCAAAACGGCGGCUCCGGCAUGCAAAUAGCAGUGAAAGCGACAGUGAAAGUGACAGUGAUGAUGAAGUUCCCCUUUCCCUUUUGGCCAGCAUCAAACCAACAAAGUCGACAGCAACGACAACCCAAAAGCGUCAACGAACAUCCAAGACACAGCGCCGAGAGACUAAUGCCUUGCAAACAAAACAGAGCAAGUCGAACAAGAGGACGGCUGUUCAUGACCUUAGAAACCAGGGAUCUGCUUCCAAAGCCUCACGCCAAACUACAGACCGAAAAUCCAAACCAAAGGCUACGGUGCAAACCAUGUUGUCAUUUGCCGUCCGACCAAAAAGAGAGUCUUCCCAGUCCAGUCAAUCUACAAAAAAUGAAGCUUGUGUGCAGCCUAGAGAGCAACGAGCAGCUGCUUUGUCAUCCAGCAGCGAACUGACACGGGAUGAUAACAGGAUGGAUUUGUCGACGACAUCUCCUGGUCAAUCACCAAGUCUGACUGAUGGAACUUCCGCUUCAUCUUCAAGCAAUACAAUCGAUACUAUCAAUGGGUCCUCGCAACUGCAGGAUACUGAAGAAACAAAAGAGGAAGAAACGGUAGAAACAAAAAGGAAGAAGAAGACACUGCGCCGCAUUGUGAGUACAGAAUCCGAAAUUGAUUUUGAACCGCCAGUUCCACAGUCUCCUCCGCACUCUUCCUUGUUGUCCCAACUCUACCAACGGGAAACCCGAGGCAAUCGGAUUCCAUCUUGUUUGGCACAACCCAAAAAAUGGAAGACUCCCUCGUGGGUGCGUUUGGGACAACCACCCUGUGUUGGAGGAUAUCAAAAUUCCUCCCGCAAAAUUGAUCACCUCGCCUGGGAUACCAUGGGAGUCUUGUUGGCAGUGGCAUCUCAUUCGACGAUUCGGAUUUACCAUUGGGACAUGGUACGAGCAGCCUACUUGCAAGGCCAGAAGGACCAACAACAUUGCAGAAGAACUAAAAGAAGGAACCAACAAGACCAUGAGGUCGAAAAUUCAGAAUUUGUCAUUCCUCCAGUGCUACAAUUUCGAGUGGCCAAUGCGAUUGCUUCCUUGGCAUGGAAUCCUUUCAACGAAGAUCAGUUGAUUGUUGGGUACAGAAUCACCGGCGAAGUUCACAUGUACAAUGUUGACCGAUUGGCGACUUGGCAGUCCAAAAAUCCAAGAAAUCUUGCAUCCCUUCCACAUCAGUCCACGUACUGGCAGCUUUCUCACCCUCGCACUCGAGGUUCCGCCAAUGCCAUUCUUGUUCUUGAUAGUACAACUAUAUUGGUAGGCCUCGGUGCGAUGGUGCAUUGCUGGAAACUCAGCAAGGGACGAAAGACUUCUCUGCUCUGGAGGUAUCAACCCCCUGCAGGCGUGACUUGUGCCCGUCAGUUGGGUGCCAAUUUGGUGUUACUAGGUACCAAUCGAGGACACAUGUGCCUGCUGAACUGGAAAAAGUGGAACACAGAGCGUUCAUUCUCCACCGAAAAGAAGCCACUUGUUAUGCAAGAAUGGAUACCUCAUUCCACCAUUCGAUCGUCUUUGAACCAAGAUCAACGUGGUCGAAUGGGGAUCAUCAAUAUCAAGGUCGAAACCAGCUGUCCCAGUUAUGAGGGUACCAAUGCAAAUACGACAAUGAAAGGUAUCGAAAGUCAAACAAAUUUUUGGGGAUGUUGUAGAAUUUCGUGGGUAACGGUUAGUGGCUGGUUGAUGUCCACUACCAUGAGAUCGCCCAAUGAGAAGAGCCCGGCCGAGAUAUGUAGAGCGACCGCCCUUGUCAAGUACAAGAAUUCCGAUGGCACGUCGAAGGAAUCUACACGACAGGAAUACAGUCAACCGCAUGAUCCUGUCACAGUCUGCACCAAUAGCAAGUGGAUGUGUUGGUCAAGCGUUCCAGCAGUGACCAAGGUUCUGCCACAUCACGACAAGCGUGUGUUGGAUGGUCAGCUUCAGGUCUUGCGUUCCGAAAAGAGAUUGCUUCACUACCGAGAUGGCGAGUCUACCCACACGAUCAAACUGGCUGGAAUGACUACGCCACAAUCGUUUGCCAUCCACCCGGAUAGGGAAUGGAUCGCAAUGGGAGUGGGGGCACGUGUUGUUUUGCUGGUUGGCCGCAAUUAG